AUGCUCUUAACAAUCAUGGGCAAUGUUCUCGUGUUGACCGCAAUGUUAAAAACUCCUUCUCUUCGUUCACCGUCCAUGAUUUUCUUAUGUAGUCUCGCUGCCUCAGAUCUUCUUGUCGGGUUCGUCGUACAACCGAUCUACAUUGGAUUCAGACUUAACCCAGGACCGGAAUUAGAACACUUAGCCUACAUCCUCGUCUCUUUAGCUUGUAGUGUUUCUCUUUGUACGAUGACAGCCAUCAGCGUGGAUCGGUUUAUGGCUCUCCAUUUUCACUUACGAUACCCGGAUAUGAUGACCAAUAAACGCGCUGUAAACAUAUCACUAAGUCUUUGGUUCUUGGCCUGCACAACAUCAUGUAUUAGAUUGUAUUAGGUUCGUAAACAUAAGCUUCAGAUUCGAAUUCAACAGCAGCCCGCCAUGCAAACUGUGAUUGUUGAUCGUAAACAGAACCUGGCGCGAUGGAGAAGAAGUGCUUUAAACACCCAUAUAUAUUACAUCUGUAUGACUCUGUGUUAUUUUCCGAUGUUUUCAUCUCUGUUACUUUUAAGCAUUAACCCAAAACUCGAGAGACAGGAGUGGGAUUUGAAAAUGAAUAUGGUUUUUAUGAACUCGUCCAUUAAUCCAGUUUUGUAUUGUUGGCGUUUACGCGAACUUCGACAUGCAGUUUUAAAGAUAAUCAAACAACUACUAUGUAAACAAACGGAAGAAACCUAA